AUGUUUGGUUUGGUAAAGUCUGUAACAUCUGUCGUUCCCAGAACAGCUGCUUGUUUACGUUAUGUGUACACUGGAAAGUGCAAGUGGUUCAACAACAAGAAGGGAUAUGGUUUUAUCAUUCCUGAUCCUGGCAGUGACCUUACUACAGAUAUUUUCGUUCACCAGAGUAGUAUCAAGAGCAGUGGUUUCCGUUUCUUGAAAGAGGGUGAAAGUGUGGAGUUUGAUGUCACAGACGGACAGAAGGGAAAGGUAGCUACCAAUGUUACUGCUCCUGGAGGUCUUGCUUUUAACCGGGUCCUUGUUUAAUGGUUU